CCGAGCGAGCCGGAGAGCGAGCGGAGCCAGAGCGCUGCGGGCUCACAAAGCGGCCGGACGCGCGGCGGCGGGUGGCAGGAGCGUAGGAGAGCGAGCCGGCUGAUAGCCUCCUCCGCGACCGCGCCACGCGAGCUCGAGCAACUCGGACGCGGCGACCCGGGCCGGCCCCCACGAUGCCAGCGAUCGCGGUGCUGGCGGCGGCGGCCGCGGCGUGCUUCCUCCAGGUCGAGAGCCGGCACCUGGACGCGCUGGCCGGCGGCGCGGGCCCCAACAACGGCAAUUUCCUAGACAAUGACCAGUGGCUGAGCACCGUCUCCCAGUACGACCGGGACAAGUACUGGAACCGCUUUCGAGACGAAGUUGAGGAUGAUUAUUUCAGAAACUGGAAUCCCAACAAGCCCUUUGACCAAGCCCUGGACCCAUCCAAAGACCCCUGCCUGAAGGUGAAAUGCAGCCCUCACAAAGUAUGUGUGACCCAGGACUACCAGACCGCCCUAUGUGUCAGCCGCAAACACCUGCUGCCCAGGCAAAAGAAGGGGAGUGUGGCCCACAAGCACUGGGUCGGACCAUCGAAUCUGGUGAAGUGCAAGCCCUGCCCCGCGGCGCAGUCGGCUAUGGUCUGCGGCUCCGACGGCCACACCUACACGUCCAAGUGCAAGUUGGAGUUCCAUGCUUGUUCCACUGGCAAAAGCCUCAGCAUCCUCUGUGACGGGCCCUGUCCAUGUCUCCCGGAGCCUGAGCCACCAAAACACAAGACAGAAAAGAAUGCCUGCACAGAUAAGGAGUUGAGGAACCUCGCGUCCCGCCUGAAAGACUGGUUUGGAGCCCUUCACGAGGAUGCCAACAGGGUCAUCAAGCCCACCAUCUCUGAUGCAGCUCAAGGCAGAUUUGACACCAGCAUCCUGCCCAUCUGCAAGGACUCCCUGGGCUGGAUGUUCAACAAGUUGGACAUGAACUAUGACCUCCUGCUUGACCACUCAGAGAUCAAUGCCAUCUACCUGGAUAAGUAUGAGCCCUGUAUCAAGCCUCUCUUCAACUCCUGUGACUCCUUCAAGGAUGGCAAGCUCUCCAACAACGAGUGGUGCUACUGCUUCCAGAAGCCUGGAGGUCUCCCUUGCCAGAAUGAAAUGAACAGGAUUCAGAAGCUGAGCAAGGGGAAAAGCCUGUUGGGAGCAUUCGUCCCUCGGUGUAACGAGGAGGGCUAUUACAAAGCCACGCAGUGCCACGGCAGCACGGGGCAGUGCUGGUGUGUGGAUAAAUACGGCAACGAGCUGGCCGGCUCCAGGAAACAGGGCGCCGUGAGCUGUGAAGAGGAGCAGGAGACGUCAGGGGAUUUUGGCAGUGGCGGCUCUGUGGUCCUGCUAGAUGACCUAGAGGACGAACGGGAGCUGGGACCAAAGGACCAAUUGGGGAAACCGAGGGUGCACACCCGAGCAGUGACAGAGGAUGAUGAGGAUGAGGACGACGACAAAGAGGACGAGGUGGGCUACAUAUGGUAGUCCCCACGAGGACGAGGACACGAGGUUUGCACAGAUUUGCGAGUCACUUCCUACUCCUGCAUUUGUAUCUAAGACUCCACAGCACCAAGGCCUCUGCUCCAUUGUGGCUCUCUGUACCCGACCUGAGGUUUGGAAGACUGCUCCUUGUCCCCAGAGCAUUCUGGUCUUGCAUACAGUUGUGUGGGAAGAAGGGUGUUGUGUUUUGUUUCUUAGACAGGGGAGCAGCUGGCUGAAUUAGAGCCUCCUUCCCUCCCGUGAGAUUUUUGCAAUGAGCAUGUGAUGUAUGUGGGAUUCUGACGGUGCAGGGAGCCCCCACCUUGUAAACGUCCAAGAUGCUUUUCGAUUACCCACACCAGUGGUCAUUCCAGCAUGGUUCCCGGCCUUACGGUGUCUAAGUGCUUUUCUUGUGUCCUGUAGAUGUCGUGGAAAACACACCACACUGUACUUUCUUCCGCCCUAUCCCCACCGCCCCUCGUGUUAAUAAUUAAAAAUUAGUUUUUCAUAUCACUCUAUCUGGCUUCCUAUAAACAACAGCCUUAAUUCAGUCAAGAGUUCCUUUGUGGGAAUUUUAUGAACAAUGGCGUCUGGAUGCUUC